UUGGCCAACUAUCAACAUUUGUGGUUGUUAAUGCACUUCUAAGUAAUUGUGCAUCAAAGACCUACGAUAGGAUGUGAGCACUUCGAACUCUAGAGGUCUCCAUCCUUCAGUAUGCAGCCGCAUCCACCUAUCGGGCUUCUGCCUCAAAUGUUGUAGUGCAGCCGUAUAUGAAAGGAGACCGCUCAGAGCCACUUAAACAGACGGAAUCCGAGGCAUGCACGCGUCCCGGACCACACAGUCAGGAAGGGAACUUUGAUUAAAAGCGGAUAAUUAGGAAAAUGAGAAAAAAUAUCUGCAUUAUUACGCGAAGGCAUUGACAUUUCGAGUGUUCAAGAUAUGAUGCCUGUCCUUCGACUCAGCUCCAUGUAGAUUCUGUCAUCUCUCCUAUUUCUAAUCUGCCGCUUCAUUGUGAAUGUACACUUGGGUCACCCGCAUGAAAUCUAAGGCAGUCGGAGCGCAUUGUUUCCAGCUUCGUUGCAUGGGAUUUGCAGUCGUGUCCGGAGCCGUGAUGUCUACAACAUUUCACUCUUUGUUUUUGGUGCUGCUGACUAUGUUGAUGGUCAGUGCCCAGACAGAAAUGAAGAAAGUCGUUGGAGAUAAUGCCACCCUGCCGUGCCACCAUCAAUUCUGGCAGUCCAAUGCGCAGUCGCUUGACAUCGAGUGGCUACUGCAGAAGCCCAGCUCAAAGCAGAGAGUGAUAAUCACAUUCUUUGGGGGCAAUGUGUACACCAACGAGGGGACCGCAGAGGCCAGUCGUCUGUCUUUCGCCGCGGACUACCUGAAUGGAGACGCCUCUCUACUCCUCAGUGACCUGCAGCUGACUGACUCUGGAGAAUACUACUGCAAAGUGAAGACAGGGGGAAAGUACCACUGGAGCCAGGUCAACCUCAUAGUACUGGUAAAGCCCUCAAAGCCGCGAUGCUGGAUGGACGGGAGGCUAUUGGAGGGCAGCGACGUUAAACUGAGCUGCAAAUCCAGUGACGGCUCAGACCCGAUAAACUACAAAUGGGAAAAGGUGCUGGAUAAGGGAAAGAGUGUUGGGAAACUUCCCCCACUGGCGUUGUUAGAUCUGAAGAAUCCUGAGAUUGUCACUCUGCGGAACCUUACAAAGGAAAGUACAGGUGUCUACAAGUGCACAGCUAGCAAUGACGUGGGUGAAGAGAACUGCAUCAUUGAGGUCACCAUGCAAUACGUUCGGGGAAUGGGCAUGCUGGCAGGUGCUGUGGUGGGCGUGUCCUUUGGUGUUCUCCUGAUCAUCUUAAUUAUCUGGCUCGUCUUCCGCAAAAAAGAGAAGAAGAAAUAUGAGGAAGAGGAGACACCCAAUGAGAUCAGGGAGGAUGCGGAGGCUCCCAAGGCCAAGCUGGUGAAGCCCAAUUCUCUGUCCUCGUCCCGUUCUGGCAGUUCUCGAUCCGGGGCCUCUUCAACACAGUCUAUGGUGCACAACAGUGUUACCCAUGGACACCGCCUUCUUCCCCCAGCCAUAGCUGCCCUCAAGGAGAAUGGCCAGCCACCUGGCUUUCAACAGUCCCCACCAGCCUACAACACGGUGGUAAGCCCCAACAAGACCCUCGAACCCCCCGGCACUCCCAAAUACAACAUAAAUUCCAGGCACCAGAUCAUUGGGCCUACUCCCCCCACUCUCAUGGUCCCUGCCCAGACCAAGGCCUUUCAAACUGUGUAGGAAAGAAAGGAGAGCCCAUCCUUCCUGCAGUUGUGUGUAAGACCUGCCCACUUCCCUUCGCUCUACCCCUUCAGACACAAACUACAUGCAACUAGUAAACUGAUGUAAUUAAAAGAAUCAUUGAUAUAAAUCCAAAAUGUUUAAUGAAUGCAUACUUUAAACAGGGAAAAUAAGAAAUGCUUGCCCUCUACUGAAUAAAAAUUAACAAAACGAAGACCUGAGACAGAACUCAUUUCAGUUUAUGUCUCUCGGCUAAGGCAGAACUUAUUUUUAAAAGCAUGUGAAGAAAUGGAGUGCAUAGCGGUGAAGUGGAAGGAAUCCAGAGUGGAGCUUUUAUUUAUUUAUCAAAUCAAAAUGAGGGAAUGAAUGAAUAAGAAGGCAUGAGAAAAGAGAUACAAAAUACCAGGUGCCGAUGGAGACAUGCAGCUGACGACCUGACCUGAGAUCAGGGCAUGCUGAAGAAAAUGCUAAGAGAGAACAAUGUUUCUUUACCACACCACCCAUCAGGAAGACACACUGGAGCUUCCAGCCACUGCUACAAACCACACACACCCAUAACCAAACGCUUGUGUUCCCUGUAAGGAAGAAACCACUACCCAAAUUACCAACUUAAGUUAGUAAGUAAAAACAAUUGUGGAGUGAUACAUGACUUUGAAUAUACUGGGUAUGAAUAACUUUAUAGCAAGCAGUGCUUAGUAUGUGUUUUAUUUUACUCCAGCCACCCAAGUCUGAACAGGUCGUGAAAGAUGACUGACAGCUGUGUCUCAGCCUGAAGUGCCACAAGGGGUCAUCUUUUUAAUUUUGUUCUUUGCCUCCACUGUUUUGCAAUGCUAAUGAAACCAAUAUUGCAUGAAUGUGUGUUGAACAAUGAGGGUUGCCACUAUUAUUGGAUUUGUCAUAGAUGGGUCCAGAGACGCACAUUACCUUGACAUAAGUCUACUUAUACUGACAAAUGGUCCAAGUAGUAUCAAUCAGACCCUGUGCAGUUUUAAUACUAUAGAGUUGUGCCUUUGCAAUCCAUAUCCCCUCUGACAGUAAAUUGCUGUCCUUAUCUUGAAUGCACACGUGGUUUGAAUUAGAUGUUUAAAACCAGCUUUGGGAAUCUACUGUCAAAGCACUGAGACAUGGCUAUAACAGGUUGUACAUCUGUAUAAUGAGACAACAAUCUAUGCCACAAAUAAUGUACAUGUACAUGAUGUUAUCCAAGUGUUUUUUGUUCUGUUGGGUUUUUUUUUACACACAGACACACCAUGCUGUCAUUUAAUUUAAUUAAGAUGGUGGUGUUGGUGGGGGUCAGCCAAUGAGGACAGAAUGCAGAAUACAAAACAAGAAGCUUUGUAUUUGGCCAGGGAAGCAUAUGUGUCUUUAAGGUUGCAGACAUGCUGUGUUUAUUUUGUUUAUGUGACUUGUAUAUCGCAACUGAAUUUAAUUCAGUUUCAAAGGCAGCAAUCUUAUUUUCGCUACUGCCAACAGUAUCUCGAUACUCAAUACAUAAUUCAUACUCAUCCACAGCUCUGGAAGCUAGUCUCAAGCUAGCACCUGCCUAGCAAUGUUGUCUUUUAAUAUAACCACGCACCAGUCUAUUUGUUUAUAAACGGCAUCCCAUCUCUCACACACACACACACACAUUGCAUCUUAGCUUUCACAAAAGCUGAUGCUCUAAGAGUAACAUAUGGAAACCAAGGUUAAAGUCAUAAGCCCACAUUUUCAAGAGAACCUAUGAGAGAAAUGGGAUGUGAGGUAUAACAAGACUGAUAUUGAGCCAGGGUUCUAGGCUUCUCCAUUUAAAUUCCUUCCAUUGCCUAGGAGCUUUAGUGGAAUAUAGGAUGCUUGUUAUUCAGCUAUCAAUUGUUCUAGCUUUUUGAUUCGCUUUCCAGCUACUGGAGGUCUCAAGUGGCAAAUUCCCUAGUUUAUGAACCCUUACAUUCCUUCUAUCAUCUGUGCCAGCUUUGUAGACUGUAAGACUUGCUGUUCUAUCCUAAUAAACCCUGAUAAGCUUUUGUCUGAGCAGAGGUGAACUUAACUAGACUUUUCUCCACUCCAAUUUGCAACACAGACGAAAUGAGUCUAAAAGUGGCACCACUAUGUUAUCAACAUUCAGACUUCAGUGAAAUCAUUCAUGUUUAUGAUUAUUCUACAUUAUAUCGUAAGAAUAUGAGUCUUAUGUAGCCACAGUGUUUGUGUUCUUUAACAGUUUUUGGGAUAAGCAGUUCAGCAUGACAGAUUGAAGCUGUGUUUGGCCAGCCUCUGGAACAGAGAACAUAAUGUGUUGUGACAUUCUGAACGUUCAGGGGCAAAAGCCCAUCUCAGCAAGGAGGAAUACCAAGGGAGCUGCAUGUCAGAAUCCAUUAAGAAGAGGAAGGGGAUUGCUUUGCUUUGAUGUAAACAUAUACCUGUAUAUGGUAUUUAAACAAGUAAUUGUAAAUAUAUCACUGACAGUAUUGUUUUCUAUUUUGUUUCUUAUCAAUUAAUUUACUGUGCUCAUCUUCGGUGAAGCGUUGAGGGUUAUGCUCAGUAUGUCACAAUUUUGUCUGGAUGACAGCUCAACACAAUAUAAAAAAGGGAAAUAAACCGUUCUUUAAUUUUCAGUUACCUGUCGUCAUCUUUGCAGUACAAUUUGAUUAAAACAAUCCAUGUAAAUAUUAAGUAAGAAAUGUAUAUUUUUACGACUUCUCAGUUACUACUAUUUCAUUUGCAAAUAAAACAUUCAAUAACAAGUUA